AUUCGUGGACUUCGUGGAAUUAAUUGAUUGUGUUUUACUCGGUUGUUGUCGUAUAUGUUGUGAAGCAUAUUCUAUGAAUUUUAAUGUUUGUAAAAUCAUUGUAUUGGAAUGAACAUGAACUGUGAAAUUGUUUUAAGUAAAUUAUUUAUUUAUUUAUUAAUUAUAUGAGUGAUUCUAAAUUCGCGUCAGAAAUGGUGGAACAAGAUGCAAGUCGAGACAGCGAAAGUGAUAGUGAUAUUCCAUCAGAUUUUGGUAUUUGUCCAUGCGAAGCUGAAUUAGAAAGACUACCGGAGGUUGUAAGAUUUAUUAAACGCCUUCAGAGUUUCCUUUAUAGGCAGCAAUCGAAGCUAGAUAAAAUACGUAAACAACUUAAAGAACAUAAGGUAAAGAAGAGGAAAAAAUGUACUGUUGCAACACAAACAGAAGAAAAAGAUGUAGUCCAUUUAGAAGCUACACAAAGUUGGAGCAAUAAGGAAGAAGAAGAAAAACAGAGUCUGGCAGAGCAAGUGAAGGAAGCAGCCCAGAAUGCCAUGCAGUUGACAGGUUUUGUGUAUGAAGAGACAUCUGGAAUGUACUAUGAUUACAACACAGGCUACUAUUACAGUGCUGAGCUCGGAUUGUACUAUGAUGGUAACUCAGGUUCAUACUAUUAUUAUGAUGAUAAAAGUAAAUCCUUCCAGUUCCACUCACAAGUUGAAGGAAUUCAUAUGACUCCUGCUAGCAGCUAUGAUGUUACAUGUUCAAGUGGUGUUAAAUAUGAAGAACAUGAAAGCAGAAGAAAGAGCAAGCAUAAAGGCCAUAAAGAAAGUAAAAAGGUUAAGCAUGACAGAUCAUGUGAACAUGACAGUAACAACAGUGGGACAGAGUCUCUGGAGGAAGGAGAGUGCUCGAAUAGCAGUGGGGAAGAAGGGACAAGCUGUAGUGGUGCAAGCGGCAUGCAUGACAUGGAUAUUGAUCAGGAGGUCUCAAAAGCUUGGCCACCAUGCAUUAGGAUCAUUGUUAAAGAAACCAAUAUUGAACAAUUAAAAAUUGGCACUCUCUUUAUUGUUACCUGCACUGGUGGAACAGUGGGCCGGGAAGGAGAUCAUGCUGUAUCCAUUCCAGACAUCAAUAUCAGUAAACAUCAUGCUAAAUUCACAUUUGAUGAGGCAUUAGGAAAAUAUUACGUGAUUGACUAUGGUAGUCGUAAUGGCACUUUCCUGAAUGGGAAACGCCUGUCGGUGGCAAAGCAGGAGAGUGAUCCCCAUGAGGUGAUUCAUGGAAGUUUGCUUCAAGUUGGGGGCACAAAACUACUGUGCCACAUCCAUGCAGGACAGGAAACAUGUGGUCACUGCGAGCCAGGGCUUGUGCAGCAGGCAAAUGUAACACCAGGUGAAGAGAAAACUGGGAAAGAAAGCAAAAAACAUUGCCAUAGAAAGGAAUUGAGAAGAAUACGACGCAAAUUUGGUUUAGAAAGUUCAGAGCCUAACAUCAAAGCCAUAUCCGUGCCUGGUUAUGAAGACAGGGCACAGAUUCGGCGCACCACAGUUGGUUCCCAGGAUCCUCAUGAGAAAACACAGACUGCAUCCCUAGAAGAGCCUAUCCAUUCGGAUAACAAGGGCUUCAAGCUUUUGGCAAAAAUGGGAUGGAGUGAAGGUCAGGCUCUUGGCAAAGAUGGAGAUGGCUGUGUGGAGCCGGUUCCUCUAGCGACCCGAAGGGAAAAAGCUGGCUUGGGAUCAUCGUCUGCAGAACUUCCAGCUGUCACAGACCAUCCGGCAUCUGAACGGAAGAAGGCUCUAUGGCGCAAGACGCAGAAACGUUACCAGGAAAUAUCUUAAUAACUACAGGAACAAGAGCAAAAACUCAACGCUGUUUUACUUUAAAUGUCUAUUAAUUAUGGCAUCUGAAAGUCAUCAUUAAAAUAUGUGUAAAUUUUAUAAAUGUAAUAUGCUUUACAACCAAGAAAAGGCAUUUUUUUGCCCAUUCUGCCUCGUAUAUGGGGCUGUAAAUAAAAAUGAGUUUCCAGAAAUAAAUAGCAUUGUGUAA